AUGGGUUGCGGUACCUCCAAGGAGGCCGUGGCCAACGGCACCAGCGCCGGCGGCGGCAGCAAGCUCCUCCGGAGGAAGUCCUCCGUCGUCUCCACCGGCGCAAGCCACACCUCCUCCACGUCGUCGUCGUCCUCCGGCAACACCGGCGUUGCCGUCAAGGACGGUGUGAAGGAUGAUGCGGCGGUAGCCGGCGAGGUGGCGUCCACCGACGCCGAGAAGCCUGUCUCUGUCGACUCGAAGGCAGACGCCAUCGUGGUGAUGUCCCUCGAGAAGCCCGCCGCCGCUGCCGUCGUCGUGGAGGCCGCCAAGCAAGAGGAGGAGGUGGUGGUGGUCCUUAAUAAGGAUGUCGUCGCUGACGACGUCGCUUCCGCUCCUACUCCUGCCGCCGCCGCCGCCGUCGUCGUGGAGGUCAAGAAAGAGGAGGGGGUGGUGGACAAUAAGGACAACGUCGCUUCUGCUCCUAGCCCUGUCGCCGCUGCCAUGGCGAUCGAAGCCGCGGCGGCCGAGCCAGAACCAGAACCUGAGCAGGACAACAAGGUGGUAGUGGUGGUGGAGGAGGACCUGCUUCCUGAAUCCACCAUGGCCGACGAGGCACCUGUGGAGGAGGCCCCCGAGGGUGAGGCGGAGGCCAAGGAGUUAGCACCACUCAAACUCAAAGACGACGGGGAGGAGAAGACGGUUGAGAGCAAAAACCUCGAACAGGAGGAGCACAAGGCCACGUCGCCUGCUCCGACAAAUGAGGAUGGGGAAUCAGCUGGGCAGAUGCAGAACACCACGGAGCCCGUGGAGGCCAAACCGGCGGUCGACGAGCACAGGGCGGAGGAGGCGGCCGUCGUCCCAGCGCCGCCGUCGGCGGAGGAGAAGACCACCACCACCGACGAACAGAGACCGCUGCAACCGUCGCGAGCGAAGUGCCCGCCAACUAAUUAA